AUGAAUAACAUGGAAGCAAAAAUGAAAAAAUGGAUCGAAUUGAUUCAAACAGAAAAACUGACUGGUGUAACGGAAGAUAUUCAGGUUUGUAAUGUUUUUAAUAAAAUUUCUUUCUCCUCUCUGUGUUUAUUUUUGUAUUAAAUUUAAAAUUUAGAAAGAUUUUCGAUGAAAGUAUUCUCAUCAAUCUUUAGUUUAUUCCUUUAUUAUAGUUUUUUAUAGCUUUAAAGCUUUUCCUAAUUUUGGCUACUUUGCUACAGAUUUUUUUUUUUUCAUUUUUUGAGAAGUUUCGUUUUGUUUUUAAAAUCAAUCAGGGAAAAUAAAAGAAGUUACGUAACUCUUCUGUACUUCUUUUAAAAGAAACAUUGUAUUAAAAAUAUUUUGUUAUAUCCGUGAUAAUUUGUCAGAUGAAAUAGAAUGAAAUACAAGAUAAUUUAAAUUCACAGUGAUGAUUUUUGCUUACUACCAUUUCACAGAAUAUUUAGCAAAAAACUAUUAGAAGAACACCAAAUAGCUGUUCUUGUCGUUAGCUUUUGAAUGUUUGUUUAUAUCUAUUGACUCUAGAACAUUCAGCUCUGUGUUAGAAUAAAAACGCUUGAAAUGAAAACAAAGGAAACUUCUUUAUUGACCUUUACCAUGAAAAAUUGGGAAAAGUCAUUAAAUCAGAAAUGUAUUAGACUUUCUUUUCACUUUUUAGAAAUGAACUUUAUCUUUCAUUUUUUUCAGGCCACCGUAUUUGGUAAAAACAAAGAAUUUAACAAACAUAUUUUUAAGCUAUUGUUAUAUCUCUCACAUACUGCAGACAAAUGUAGUAAACAAGACUAUGCCAUGGGAAAAGAGAUUUAUAAGUUAACUUGCGCACUGUGUUCAAUUUUAACCAAUAUAUUAGAUAACAAUAAAUUUGUUUCAAGUUUAUUUCAUAUAAUUCGUUGUUUGUUAACAAUGUACAUGUUUGAUGAAGCGUAUAAUGUAUGUUCUUACUUGAAAAUAGAAACAUUAUGUUCUGAUUGUUCUAAUGACAAUGCAAGUGACAUAUUAGUGAAAAUAUCUUACUUAUGGCAUAAUGCAGUUAAUAAUGAGUUUCUUAUUUUGCAAAAAGAUCCAUCAAAUUCCAAAAAUAAUUUACAAUUGAGAGAUAUUGUAAAGUAUGAAUCAGAAAUAAUACAGAUUGUACAUAAAAAUUACACAAAACAAUUACUUUCAAAUAUUAGUUCAUAUUUGAAUAAAAUUAAUGGAGAAUCAAGAGCAUUUUUUAAUGAUUUUUCUACAUUUAUCAUUGAGUAUUUAACUCAGACAAGAAUAUUAUUUAGUAUCGAAGAGAAGUAUAUUAUAUGUCGUCAUAUGCUUCAUAUAACAAGUAGAAUUAUAUGUGAAAAUAUUAAUGAAAAGUAUCUUAAGUCAAUAACAAAAGUUUUAAAUACUAUAAGCAAUUACUUUAAGGAGAUUUUAGUCGAGGAUGAAGAAUGUUACCAGUGUUUUCUACUAUUUGAAUCUAUAUGCCUUGUACUUGUAAAACCAGUUGAAUGUUUAACAGAAAAUGUUGUUAAAAAGAUUCAGAAGUUGAUUGACAACUAUGUAAAUCUUACAAAAAGAUAUAGAUAUACAGGAUCUGUUAAAUGGGCUACAUUCAGUAUUGUUCAGAUUUUAGAACCAUUGUUUAUAUAUUGGGAAACAUGUAUAAAAACUGAGAAGAAAGUAUACAUAAAAAAUGAUUUAUUAUUGGAAACAAUGAAACUAGUUGGAUAUUUGAGUACAUGUUUUAUUAAACAGAUAUCAAACAAGUGUACAUCUUGUCAAAGCGAGAAUUGUAUGGUCAAAAAAGAUAUAUAUAAUGCAGUAGCUAUAAAAACUAGAUGUGUCAAUUUAAUUAGCAAAUUUUCUAAAAACGAUUUAUCAAAAGAUGUUUGUGUAGUUGCUAAAAGAUUUUUGGAGCAAAAUAUAGCAUUGAUCUAUGAAAUGAAAAAAUGUAAAUGCAAAUGGUGGACACAUUUAUGGUCUACCUCUAGUGCCUUGAUUUAUAACUUAGGCAUAAUAUCUGACUGCUUUUAUGAAGAAAGUGUAUCUCUAUUUUCUCUAUUAUUUACUUCUAUCAUACAAUUUGAUGGAAUUGAAUCAAAGUCACAGCAUAUCAAUCUUGAAAAUCCUAUUGGUUUCACAUUAUAUAAAAUAAGUACUCUUCAUUAUAAUCAUAACAUGUACAGAGAAGCAAUGACUGCAACCGCAUUAAAUGCUUUAUUGAACUGCAAUGAUCCAAAUUCGAAAGCAUUUCGUAUGUGGGCAAGUAUAAAACAUAAGUCUGUAAGUUCCAAGAAAAUUACGGAAAUGACCAUGUUAGCUUGUUUGAAAAAGGAUAAAUCAAAGAUAGAAGAAUUAGGAUUAUCUAUUGAUUUAUCGAAAUAUGAUCUUAUUGAAAUAUAUUUAAAAGAGGCAAAAAGUUUACAAGAAGCAAAAGUUAAUCUAUCUGUCGCUAUCCAGAAAGUUCUUAGCGAAUUGGAAGCAUUGAAAGUAAAUCCAGUACAAUACGCUCGCGUGGUUCAAAUGUUAGUAUAUCAUUCAUUAAAUUUUGAUUAUGAUGAAGAUAUUCUGGAAUGUAUUAAGCAAGCUGUUUCAAAACUGAAACAAAUUAGGAUGGAUUGCAACAUUUUAUGUUUACAAGCCAAUUUAGAAUUUUACAUUUUUGUCACUCAAUUGCGUUCUGUGGGCAAAAAAAUUGAAAUGGAAAUUGAAAACAUGAAAUUUGCAUUGUACGCUCCAAAAGUAAAUGAAAUUGAGGAAAAUGAAUCUCAUGAUGUAGUACCAGCUUAUAGUAUGAUAAAUAUCAAGGAAGAUUCUAGACAUAUGAUGUAUUUGCAGGUGCCAUUAAAAAAAUGGGAAAAAUGUUUAAAGCAAAAUCUUAAAGAAAUUGCAAAGGGAUAUGAACCAUUGAUGACCUUACAUACAUUAAUUAUAGCGGGUGAAUAUGCUCAUCUCUACAGGUAUGAAGAAUGUGAAAUUAAUAUAUGGAAAUUUGCACAUGCAUUAGCAUACGAAUUGCAAGACAAUUCUACAAUUAUUUAUGUUAUUGGUCGUUGUAUAUCUUUAAGAUAUAUUAAUUUUGAAUGGAUUAUUACUGCCAAAAAGCUUGCCAUUAAGUUGAAAGAUAGUAAUGAUGAAGAUACAAUUUACGCAAUCGCUAUUUUUUGGAUAAGUUUAUCAGAUUUUUACUUUGAAUGCAACAUGUAUGAUGAAGCUAGAAAAUUAAUUGAUGAAUCCAGGAAACUACCAGGAAUUUCUUUCUUCAAAAAUAUAGCUGUAUAUUUAUAUAGCCUUGAUAGAAUUUUGUAUAAUUGUUAUUUGUACAAAGAAGAUAUCAAACACAAAGAGUAUACUCGAUAUAUUGUUGAAACUUUAUAUACUCUGGUUAACUUGAAUGAGGAACUUUCUGCAAGAAAAUGUAAAAUUUUUAUUUAUAAAAAAAUAUUUUCGAAUGCUUUUGUUUUUUUAGGGAAACCUCAAGACAAGUAUCUUUUUGGAUUCGACAUACUAUUAUCUGCGACCGUUAAUUUAUCCCUGCGAAUGAAUAGUUUAUUAUCUUUCCAAGAAAUUAGUGCUCAUCUAGUGCGCAGAUUAAAAAGUGCGCAAAUUUUAGGAGCAACUAUAAGGGUUGCUGAAAUUUUAAAAUCCCUCUGUUAUAUCGAUUUAUCACGUGUACAACUAAAUGAUUGUGAAGUAAAACUUCAAGGAUUAGAGCAUAUUCUAAGUAUCGAAAAAUUUAAAGUAUCUACGAACAGUAAUUUUACAAAAAUGAAUUCGGGUAAUAUUUUACAAACACCAACCCGGACUAUAGAUCCUAUUAGAGAUCUUCCUGAAUAUAAUACUUCGCCAAUUCUCCAAAACAAAAUAUUCAGUUUACCUGAAUUUAUGUGCCAUGAAGAUUGUAACUGUUAUUUUUGUCAAAAUAUAUCGUAUCAUUAUUUGGUGUUUACAAGCACACACAUCAGAGCGCAAUUGUAUGCAUUCCAAAAAAAUAUCGCAGCUUCGUUACAGCACUUUCAUGGUGCAUUUAAGAUAAAAGAGAACUUGAUAAAAAGGAAAGAAUACAUACCAUUAUGUAUGCCUAUCAAAUAUCUUCCUUGGCAAGAACGUUUUUAUAUUAUAGACUAUGUACUAUUGUUAAUAAAUUUUUCUUACUUCUUGAGAAGUUUUUUUAAUACAAAACAAGAGAAAAUAAGGAAUGUCAUUACGUUGGCGAUUCGAAUAUGCGACACGAACAAACUAAAGGGACAUCCAAUUUAUAUGACGGUUAAUGAGUUGAUGCUUGAUCAUCGCUUUCAAAGUACGUUUAGUUCUUCUGAUUAUUCAAAAUUUACAGUUCCUGAUCCUUUUGAUAUCGAUAUAAGUAAAUACAUGCAAAAAUCGAAUACUGAAAGUAAUAUUUGUAUAACACCAACUGUUAGCAACACUCGAGCGAACAAACCUGUUACUCUUCGACGUAAUCGAACUCCUCCUCUUUUAAAAUUAACCAAAGUUAGUAUGAACUUCAGUGACGAUGAAGAUACUUCUUCACCGCCAUCCAGAUAUGGAAGAACAAGGUCGCAUAGUAAAUUAAUAAAAAGAAAAAUCUUAAAUGAAGAAUAUUCUGAAACUGUUAGUCAAACUGAACAGGAAACAAAUCAAUCCAAAAGCAGCUUUUUGUUGCAAGACUUAAUCGAUACAAAGAAACAUAAUUCAAAUAUUUCAAUAAAGAAUAUAAUCAAAAAAGUUGAAUUGUUGGCACCAGAUAUAUCAGAACAUUUAUAUAAAGUAGAUAAUAUAGACGAGCCUGCAACCACCGAAAAUGUACAGAAAUUAAUCGAUUCAGUGAAAGAUCUUAAAGUAAAUGCAACUUCGCAAAAAAAUGCUAGAAAAACGCAACAUUCAAAGAAAGCAAAUUCAAAUGACUAUAAUAAAAUUAACGAAGUGAUCGCAUUAUUUAAAGAUUUUGUCAUCAACGAUCCGAUGAAUAAAAAAACCGUAACGUCUGAAGAAUCUGUAUCUUUUGUAAAAACAAACACUUUAUCAUACAAAAAUCAAAACAGAAAUAACGAGGAAAAUACAGACAACUUAGAGCAAAAUAAUUUAGAUAAAUUGGAAAAAACAUAUAAAAGUGAAAAUACUAAAUUAAAAAUAACAAGAAAACGUACGGAACACAAUGUUUUAAAUAAAGAGUCAUAUAACAUAACAACUAGAAAAUCAAAAGAAAAAUUAUGA